UAAUGACCGGCUGUUCUUCGCUCCUUGCUUCGGUGGGGUCUUCUACAUAACUCGGCAUUCCACACUACCGGACAGCAUGAAUCCAUUGGCAAAUCCCUUUCCUAAGGAAUGAAAAGAGAGAAGAAAUCAGACAGAAGAUACUGAAGAACAUGGGAGGUUGAUUGAUGUUACAAGGAUAUUAUGACAGAAAUUGCCAAGAAGAUUCCACCAGCUCUAGAAGUUAAAGAGUACAACAUGAGCACGUAAUCUACAGCCAAGCUGUCUGAUAGCUGUGCAACAUUAGGAAAGACCGGCCAUGUCUCCUUUCUCUAUCUACCCCUGCCCUUCCUUCUCCCAUCUUCACUGCUCCCAAAAGCAUUAGACCCUCAAAAGGAAGAGGAGAGGCAGACUUCCCUCCGUCUUCGCCCCUUCUUUUUCUUCUCCUGCAACCAUGGGCUCCUUGUUCGAGAACAGGUUCUUCGCCAGCGUGCCCUACAAGAAUGACCUCCCCAUCUCCCAAGCCCAGCAGCAGAACACACAUCUUAUGGGCCUGAGGAAGAGGAUCUCCUCUUUCUCCGGCAAGAUCCAGUCCUCCUCAUCCUCGGCCUCCACCCUCUGGGCCUUCAGGAAGUCGGCGUCCAUGCCAUCCAUCGGAGACUUCGCCGGCAGGCCUCUGAGACGGUGGUGGGAUUCUUGGUGGGGGUGGAUCCUCUCCAGGAAGCCGGCGUUCGCCCGGGACAUGGAGAUGAACGAGAUGGAGACGGCCGCGCUUGGGUGGGGUAGCAACGGGAGCUGGCGGCACAUCUUCGGCAGGGUGCGCUCGGAGAUCGGGAAGCUCAUGCGACCCAACGUUCUGCCGACCACACAGCCAUGGCGGUAUGACUCGUUCAGCCAUGCAAGAAACUUCGACGACGGGAAGCUCAGAGCUGUAGAUGAUUAGAGAAGGAUCUAUUAGUGUGUUCUUUAUUAUUUGUUAUUGUUAUAGUUGAUUUCUAUUGAGUAGGGGAGAAGAACUUAGGGAGUAUAUGUUUUCAGAAGUUAAAUUCUUUGUUCA